AUGCCCGUAUCUGAUGGUAAAAUGGAAGAAAUACGAUAUUCUACGAAGCGUGAUGAAGAGUUACAACAACUUCAACGUUGCAUGAAACAUGGGUGGCCCGAGUCCCUCAAAGAAACACCAGCACUAGCGCGGUGCUAUUGGUACUGGCGUAAUGAAAUCACAGAAAUUGAUCGGAUCAUGUUCAAAGGAGCGAAAAUCAUCAUUCCGAAACCUAUGCGUCAGGAAAUGUUAAUGAGGAUACAUACUGGACACAUGGGUAUCCAGAGAUUUCUGGAUGUUUUGUAUUGGCCUGGCAUGGCGAAAAAAUAAAGGAUCACGUAUCAAGAUGUUCAACUUGUCAAGAAUAUCAAAACUUUCCACAAAGAGAACCGUUGCUUCCUCACUGCAUUCCAAGUCGUCCAUGGCAAAUGGUGGGGACGGAUUUGUUUUGGUGGAACGGUGCAAAUUAUCUACUCCUAGUGGACUACUAUAGCAAUUUUUUCGAGAUUUGUUUGUUGUCUUCUAUAAAGAGCGCUACCGUAAUUCAACACAGUAAAUCUAUUUUUGCUCGUCAUGGUACACCUGAAGUGGUGAUAUCAGAUAACGGUCCCCAGGACUAUAAAGAUUUUGCAGGUAAAUGGGGUUUCCAACACAAAACCUCUUCUCCAGUCUAUCCACAGUCUAACGGACUAGCUGAACGUACGGUUCAAACAGUGAAGAAUCUCUUGCAGAAGGCGAAAGUGAAUGGAGAAUAUCCGUAUCUAAGUCUGCUACAGGAAUACUCCUGUAUCUGAUGCUGGUUCUCCUGCCCAACAGUUGAUGAAUAGGAGAUUGCGGACAGAUCUACCAACCACAAGUAAACAGUUGGUUCCAAAGAUCCUUAACCGUCAACACGUACAGAAUUGCUUAACAAAACGAAAGAUUGAACAAGAACACUAUUAUGAUCGUUCUGCAAAGGCUCGGAAACCUUUGCAUAAAGGAGACCAA